AUGUCACAACUACAACAUGAGAGAGCUUUAUCCAACGAUGCCGAAGUAAUUGAAGAUGAGAUCGCCGAUCUAGAAAGACGCCUGGCAGAAGCCAAAGAGAGACAAAGACAGGCUCAGCAACAGCGGAGUGUCGUGCAAGAGUCCAAUCUUGGGGUGAUAUUAGUCCCCUCCCCGUCCCAAACCAUCCUCCACUCCACAGCCAACCACUUCCUCCUCCUCCUUUCCGACUCCGCGCUGCCUCUCGGAUCCUUCGCCUUCAGCAGCGGUCUCGAAUCCUACCUCGCCCACAACAAAUCUUCUUCCCCUUCGCAUUCUACAUCAUUUGUCACUAACAAACUACCCAAAACCAAACUUCCACCACCCUCCUUCACCUCUUUCCUCCCCCUCUCCCUCUCCUCCUACGCCUCCACCACGCUCCCCUACGUCCUCGCCGCCCACCGAGACCCAGCCCAGCUCGCCCUGCUAGACGACACCCUCGACGCAACCAUCGUCUGCACCGUCGGCCGUCGAGCAUCGGUCGCUCAGGGCCGAGCGCUGCUUUCCAUCUGGGAACGUUCUCUGUCCUCGUCACUACCGCCUUCGUCUACUUCUGCCGAAGCGGCGGCUGCCAUUCUCAAGCCUUUCUCGGCUUUGCUUAGAUCUGCAGGGGCGCCACCGUCUUCCACCACCACCAGCAGCAGCAGCAGCAGUAGCAGCAAUCCAUCGACAUCGGGCGGAAGAAGUAGCGGGUGGAACGAUCCUCCACCCGUCUCCGCCCACCUCCCGCCCCUCUUCGGUGCCAUCUGCGCCCUCGUCGGGCUCUCGCUCGAGCAGACAGCUUACGUUUAUUUGCUUAGCCACGUGAAGGCGCUGGUGAGUGCGGCAGUGAGGGCGGGCAUGUUUGGCCCCUACCAGGCGCAGAAGACGCUGGCGAGUAGGCAGGUGCAGGAGAUGAUUGGGGCGUUGAUGGAGAAGGAGUGGGAGAGAGGCGUGGAGGAGGCGGGGCAGAGCGUGCCGGUUAUGGAUUUGUGGAUUGGUAGGCAUGAGGUUCUUUAUUCGAGGAUCUUCAACAGUUAA